GACACAAAAAGUAUUAUUCAGUGCCCCAAUAAGUGACCCCAACAGCUCUGCAGCAACUCACCUGAAAAAGAAAUCUUCCUUGUUUCUUUUUCGCCACCAGAAUCUACAUCAAAAAAAUAUUAGUUAGUUUUUUAGUAAUUUAUAUAUAUUAAUUCAAACAUGGGCCAAGCAGAUGGAUCUAACAAGAAGAAAAAGCUCGCCAUCAUCGGCGCCUCUGCCCUGAUUCUGGUGGCAAUGGUAGUUGCUGUAACUGUUGGGGUCACAGUAUCACGCCGCGGUGGAGGGUCAUCCGACGGCCACACCUCCACGUCCACAAAGGCGAUCCAGGCCAUUUGCCAGCCCACCGACUAUAAGAAGACAUGCGAGGAAAGCCUGUCAGGCGCGGCCGGUAAUGUCACCGAUCCCAAAGAGUUGAUCAAAGUAGGGUUCCAAGUCACCAUGGACAUGCUCCGCGGCGUCAUUGAGAAGUCCACCACGUUGAAGGAUUUGGCUAAGGACCCCAGCACCGGAGAUGCACUCCAAAACUGCAAGGAGCUCCUGGAGUACGCCAUCGAUGAUUUAGGUGACUCGUUUGACAGGAUUGGGGCCUUCGACAUGAGCAAGCUCGAUCUUUACGUGGAGGAUCUCAAAGUGUGGCUCAGCGCUGCCAUGACAUACGAGCAGACUUGCUUGGAUGGGUUCGAGAAUACCACUGGUGACGCCGGUGAGAAGAUGAGGGAGUUCUUGAAGACAUCGCAGGAGCUCACCAACAACGGCCUCGCCAUGGUCGACCAAGUUUCCACGAUGUUCGGGGCUCUUAAUGUCAAAUCCGGCCGCAGACUCCUUGAGGCUACAGCUGGAACUGGUGCGAAGAAGUUCCAGAAGGCUAAGGUCAUCCCUGCUUGGAUUGAUAAUCGAAGGCUUGACCUCGCUACCGCCACUCCUCAGACGCUGAAACCCGAUGUGGUGGUGGCCAAAAAAGGGGGUGGUAAGUACACGACUGUCAACGAAGCCUUGAAGGAUAUCCCCAAGGACAACGCAGUGAAGGUCUUUGUGAUUUAUGUUAAGGAGGGAGUGUAUGAGGAGCACGUCCUGUUUGAUAAGCACAUGACCAAUGUCAUGCUUAUAGGAGAUGGCCCCACUAAGACCAUUAUUACCGGUAGAAAGAACUUUGCAGAGGGUACCAAGACAAUGCAGACUGCCACAGUCGGUGUUGUGGGAGACUACUUCAGCAAGGACAUUGGAUUUGAGAACACAGCCGGAGCUGUCGGACACCAAGCCGUGGCUCUACGUGUACAGUCAGACUUGUCCAUCUUCUACAACUGCAAGAUGGAUGGGUACCAAGAUACCCUAUACACCCAAACUCACAGGCAAUUCUACCGCGACUGCACCAUCAGUGGAACCAUCGACUUCAUCUUUGGUGAUGCUGCCGCUGUGUUCCAAAACUGCAAGAUGAUCGUCAGGAAGCCACUCGAGAACCAGGCCUGCAUGGUGACUGCCCACGGUAGACUCGACAGACGUUCUCCCUCGGGUAUCAUCCUCUAAAACUGCACCAUCUCUGGCGAACCGGGCUACGAGAAGGACCUGAACAAGGCAUACUUGGGCAGGCCAUGGAAGAACUACGCAAGAACAAUCGUCAUGCAGUCCCAGAUCGAUGACGUGAUCGCUCCAGAAGGGUGGAUGGAAUGGAUUGGAUCAAACAAUCACCAAUCUUGCUGGCUCGGUGAGUUUGGCAACAGGGGACUCGGUGCCGAUCAGAGCAAGAGGGCGACAUGGCGUGGAAUUAAGAAGCUUACCGCUCAGCACGCCGCGGACUUCACCGCUGGGAGGUUCGUGUUCGGUGAUAGAUGGAUUCAGCCUAGUGGUGUGCCCUAUGUCGCUGGCAUGAUGCCGUAAGUGUAGAUAUAUAGAGCCGUUAGAUUAAUCUUAUAUUUUUAAAUAAAGACAAAAAAAAUUUACUCUUCUUAUAUGUAUUGAAUCAAUUAUAGCAUUGUAAUCGAAAAAUAAAAAAUUAAAUUAAUUAUAGCGUAUAUACUUUGAUAACGUA